ACUAAUAACGCACUGCUGUAAAAGGGAGAAAAAAAACGAAGAAGAAUAACAAACGCCUCCUCCACGCUAAUUAGUGUCUCUUUCGCGGCGAGGCGAUCGUAUUGCGACACGACCAAUCUGGGUAACGGAUAAUGAGGUGACAUGAUGGCCUACGGAGGAGCCGGGGCUUCCGCGAUGGGAGCGACUGCGGCAGCAACGGCCGCCAGCGACGUCGUCCUUCAGCAGCAGCAGCAGCAGCAACAGCAACAACAAACUUCACAGCAACGAGGAGGAUUAAUAGUGAGCAACGAUUAUAGUCCCCAGAGUACGCCGAGCUCGGGUCUGUCGGGCACUGCGAGCAGCCUGGACCACUACGCGAGCGGCCUCGUCGGUGGCGGCCACGUCUCGGCGGCGGCCGUGGCCGCGGCAGCCGCUGCAGCCGCGGCGGCCGGCUACAGCAGUCCCGUGCACGAGUCCGCGCUCAACAACAACGGACAGGUGCGCCCGUUCACCUUCACCCAGGACCAGGUCGCCUGCGUUUGCGAGACGAUGGUGUCGACUGUCCAGGUGCUCCAGCAGCCGAACGCGGUCGAGCGUCUGCAUCGCUUCCUCUGGUCGCUGCCCGACUGCCCGAAGCUGCAGAAGAACGAGAGCGUGCUCAAGGCCCAGGCCUUCGUGGCCUUUCAUCAGGCCCGUUACAAGGACCUCUACAACAUACUCGAGAACAACACCUUCAGCCCGUACAAUCACAACAAGCUGCAGCAUCUCUGGCUCAGGGCGCACUACACCGAGGCCGAGAGGAUACGCGGCAGGGCGCUCGGCGCCGUCGGCAAAUACCGGGUGAGGCGCAAAUUUCCGCUGCCCCGCACGAUAUGGGACGGCGAGGAGACGUCCUACUGUUUCAAGGAGAAGUCGCGCCUCGUGCUGAGGAAGUGGUACGAGACGAAUCCCUAUCCGUCGCCGAAGGAGAAGCAGGAGCUGGCCGAGAACACGGGUCUGACGACGACCCAGGUCAGCAACUGGUUCAAGAAUCGCAGGCAGCGCGACCGUGCCUCCGAGCAGAGCAGUCAAAAGGGCGACAAAUCUCACAGCGGCGACCCGGGCGACUCGAGCUACGAGAGCGGCGAGGAGACCAAGCGCCAAUCGGUCAGUCAACUGUCGUCCUGCGGCGGUCCCCAAGCAGGCCCACCGAGCAGUGGUCAGCAGCAGCACCUGGUGGAUCACCAUCAGCAGCAACAACAGCAACAGCAGCAGCAGCAGCAGCAGCAGCAACACCAACAGAGUCCAGUGACGAGCAGCAUGUACCAGUUGCCGAGCUCGCAGCUGUCCUCGUCGCACUCGCCGCACUCGUAUCAUCAGCAACAGACGUCGUCGUCGUACGCCCAGCAACAGCAGCAGCAGCAGCAUCAGCACCACGACCACACGAGCAACGACAGCAACGGCGCCGACGACAAGCGCAAUCUCCACCAUCAGCUGCAGCAUCAUCUGCAGGCCGGAGCAGCUGCGGCCGCGGCGGCGCUGCACGCGGGACUCGUGCAUCCGACGGCUACGCUGCCCAGCCAAUCGAGCUGCGCCCAGCAGAAAAGCCAGAUCGACUACAUGCCGUACUACAGCUCGCAGGACUAUCUACUGGGACCGGCGAGCGGCGUCGAGCUGCAAAAGUCCUUGCCGCACACGGCGACGUCGAUGCAGAUGGGCGCGAUCGCCCCGUCUAUGGGCGGCCUCAGCCCGAUGGGCCCGGGCUCGAUGAUGCCCAGCUCCAUGCAGUCGUCCAUGGCCAAUCACACGGCGGCCGCGAUGAACGGCAUGUCGAUGAACGGCAUGGGCAUGGGCGCCUAUCAUCACCAGGGCAUGGGCGGCAUGGCCAUGUCCGGUGGCCAUCAUCAUCAUCACGCGGGCUACCAUCACAGCGCCAGUCUCGUGCUCGGCGAGUAUCAUUCCUUGUGACCUUGGCCGACGUCGACUACCGCAGCAGCGGCGGCAGCUGCAAGCUCAACCAACAACAACAACAACAAUUCCGCGUCCAGUGGCAGUGCAUCGUCCUCAUCCUCCUCUGUGCGCUCGUCCAAACGCAAACAGUCGGCCCUGUCCAGUAGCAAUCACCAUCAUCUUCAUCAUCAAUCGCAAAACUAUCACAACUAUCAUCAUCAUUACGAAAAAGGUAGCUGGGAGUAUCAGUAUCAACAUUAUCAUCAUCAGCAACAACAGCAACAGCAGCAGCAGCAGCAGCAACAACAACAGCAGCAACAUCAUCAUCAGCAACAGCAGCAGCUGCAGCAAGAGAGCAGCAACGGUAGCAGCUCAUCCGAGAAGCCGGUGACUAUUGUUCAAGCACGAAUUUACUGUCUCGCCGAGUAGUAUAGUUAUUAACGAUUGCAGCGCGCGUAAAAUAGCAGAAAGUUUGCGUGCGCGCGCGUGUGUGAGUGCGAUCCGAGUGCGGGUGUACGCGAGUGUGUGUCGUCGUUGUCGUCGUCGUCGUCGUGGGUGCGUAGGCGAGAGAAGAGAGACGCUCUCUUUCUCUCUCUGUCUCGUGUUUAAAACACACAAGUGUGAGUAUUUUUAGCCCUACAUACUUACGUACACACGAGACGCAUGCACAUGCACUCGUACGCGCCUGCGCACACACACACAACGAGUAUAUAUAAAUGGGUAUAUAAGUUAUAAAGACACAGGGUUAAAGCCACGAGAUGUGAUAAUAUAUAUCGUAUGUACAGUAGUAUGUGAAACUAUAUAGCUUUUAUAAGUGCGACGGAUUUCCAAGCUGGCUCGCUGACCGAGUUUUUUUCUCUUCUUCUUCUUCUUCUUCCCUUCCUUCUUCCUAUAUAAGCGCGAAGAGUUGAGAGACGCGCACGAAGUCGUCGCCGUCGUCAUCGUCUGGUUGCUAGGUCGGUGUGUGCACGAGUGUGUGCGUGAGUGUGUGCGUGUGUAUGUUUGUUUGUCUAUUUUAGAUUCGAUUUCGAAGUCCACGAGCGACAUACACGCUUUUAUAGUAAAAGAAAGAGAGAGAGAGAGAGAGACAGGGACAGAGACGAGGGAAAAUAUGCAAACGCGCUCGCGUAUACACAAUUUUGCGAUUCUACCGUUGUGUACCGAUUGGCAAAAUAUUGGUCUCCGGAGUCGCGCGAAAUUUUUUCAAAGGUCGUUCCACUUUUAGGCGAGAGGUAUAUUUGUUUGCUCUGUUGUUGCUGCGAACUCGUGCGUGAAAAAGCUAUUAGCUGAGCUUCGUCUUUUUUUUUAAACCCUCGGGGGGUCAACGAAAAGAAAAAAAAUAGAGAAUCAAAGAAUUCGUCGCUCCUCUCUAUCUCUUUCCUCGCGCGAGACACAUUGUAAGUAGUAAUGCAUGUAGCGUACACAAAUGUAAGUUAUUUUCAGUAAUGCGGCGACGACACGCGCGUCUCGUCGAUGAUUAAUCGAGGCGCGAGAUGCAUAUAAAAUGGAUUGUGACCCGUUCGUAAUAAUAUUUCCCAUUACUUUUAAUCCGUCACCAUAUUAUAGUUACCUUAUUAUUAUUAUCUUUUUUUUCCAUUAACUUGCUAAUGAAUAAAGAUAGAAAAAACGUAAAGUGUCAAAGGUAAAAAUUAAGGUUCAAUAGAAAAAUUAAGUGUACGGAAACUCUUGUUGUGUUGUAUCAUUUGUCUUUCUUGUAAAUGUCUGUAGAUAAAGAUUUUUGUGAAGCGAUGUUUAUUAACGAAAAAAAUAAAUAAAUUUAAAAGCAAAGUAAUAGCGCAAUUUCUAUAGAAGUAUUAUAAUAAAAGACAAAUUUUUGCUUGAAUGUGCGUGUUAGAGUGU